AUGUGAUUCAGGGUCGUAUCCCGGUCGUAUCACUCUCUGUUUACAAUACGCGUAGGACUUUUACCUCAUCCAUCGCUCAUAUCAUUGGACCGAUCCGGACCGAUCAUAUAUAUAUUUAACCAGAAUAUUCUUAAACAUAUUAGCUGACCUGAGUAUAUACACACCACAAGAUGCCAACGGAUCGAGAAAAAUGGAGCUGGAGACUAGAUUUCUUAGCGACGAACAUCGGAUUUGUAGCCUGUUUUGAAAAUAUGUUUCGCUUGCCUUCCCUCUGCUAUAGGAACGGUGGAUUUAUUUUCUUCAUCCCAUACCUACUGGCUGUGAUGUUAAUUGCGAUCCCUCUUAUGUUCUUGGAGACGGUUGUUGGUCAAUAUACAUCGUCGGGAUCCAUCAGGGCCUGGAAGAUUUGCCCACUAUUCAGAGGAGUUGGUGUAGCUUCCACUGUGGUGUUAUUUUGGCGUAACAUCUACUAUAAUGUCAUCUUGGCCUACAGUUUAUACUAUCUCUACAGCUCUUGCAUUGGCGAUGAGCUUCCAUGGAAGAGAUGCGAUCAUGAAUGGAACACGCCCACCUGCCUUGAUUAUGACUCUGAAUGGGUUUGCAUCAACGGAACAUACCUGGCCGUCAAGAAGAGUGAUAUACCACAACUUCCACAACUUCCAACCAACCAACCAUCAUCCGAAUAUGUGUGGGAUGUGAGACCAGUAUCGUCAUUUGAUGACUACGACCAAUGCGGUAAUAGGCCUUACACAACCAAACCGUCGCAAGAAUUUUGGAAUCACAAAGUGCGCGGUCAACCUGAAGUAUCAGGAGGAAUGUUCGACGUUGGAGGGGUUGUUUGGCAUCUGGCCUUAUGUCUUUUCCUCGUUUGGACACUCAUAUACUUUGGCCUGUGGAAGGGCGUCAAGUGGAUGGCCAAGGUGUUCUAUUUCAACGUUCCCUUCAUAUACGUCGUCCUCUUCGCGUUGCUGAUACGUGGGGUAACAUUACCCGGAGCAUUUGAGGGAUUGUUGUUUUUUAUCUUUCCAGACGUGCACAGACUCAGAGAUAUUGAUGUAUGGAUAGCUGCUGGAAAAGAGGCUGUUUAUUCCUUUUCAAUUGGACUUGGUGCCUUCACAGCACUUGGGAGUUUUAACAAGUUCCACUACAAUUUUUAUAGGGACUGUAUGAUCGUAUCUUAUUUGAAGGUGUUGACGAGUAUGUACUGUGGUGUCGUGGUCUUCUCCUUCGUUGGCUUCGUAGCGCACACCGAGGGAGUCCCAGUAUAUAAUGCUGUAGAAUACGGUGUCAACCUGAUGUUCUUGGGCUUUCCGACUGCUUUUUCUCAUAUUCCUUCGUCACGAGUCUGGUCAUUUUUAUUCUUUCUCGUUCUUCUAAAGAUUGGUAUAAACAUGCAGCUCGUCACAGUCAAAGCAUUCGUUGCAUCUCUCAUUGAUAUUGUCCCUGUCUGGAUGCGGAUACGGUACUACAGAGAACUGCUUGUUUUAGGGGUCUGCGUAAUUAAUUUCCUGAUCGGCCUCGCUCUUGUGACGAAGGGGGGUUGGCAUGUCUUUAUAUUCUUCGACUACCAUGGUUCUGGCAUGCUGGCCCUCACUUGGAUCUGUCUUUACGAGAGCAUUGCAAUUGGAUGGUUCUAUGGAUUUAGGCGUAUUUCGUCAAACAUUGCUGAAAUGCUGAAAUGGCGACAGAUUGAAUGGUACCUAGUAGGGUGGCUAGUUACCUGCCCAAUCCUUACCCUGCUUCUGUGGAUUGCUGCAAUUUUUGAUCUGGCGGAGCUCCGGUUCCACCAACCCCCUUGGGCCAUUGCUAUAGGCGUCUUCAUUGAUAUCUCAACUAUGGUUUGGAUCCACGGUGGCAUGCUUUAUGCCAUUAUCUAUCAGUUGAUCAAAGGUGAUGGAUCCAUUUGGACGAGACUGAAACUGACUGUUCAACCAGCGAUCACCCCUCUUCGCGAAGAAGAAGAACCAACUCAAAUAGAAAUGACGUAAAGGCAAAAACAAAACGAGUACAACUUUCGAUACAAAGUGAUAAUUAUAUAUAUACAUGUAUAUAUUUCAACUAUGUGGCCUUUAACAUGUGACAGUCACAUGCGCGAAUCCGACUCCUUCCUAUACAAAAUCUAUUACGUUAUUACCAAUGACAUACUAUCGGUCGGUUUGGAGUCGGUUUCCUUUGUGUGACUGUAGCGAAAGCCUUUAUCAACUUCUAAACAGGUUGAAAACCAUCGAUUGACAGUAAUCAUGCUUGGGCGGAAAUCUGUCCCCAAAGGUAGGGGGGGACCAGGGGCUGAAAAGUCUGACAAGCAAAAAAAAAAGGUUUUCACCAAAAAUGUAAGGUCAUUUAGUCCAAAAUACAUGUAUUUUUUCGAUUGUGAACGAUGUAUUUUUCUUCUUCAUAAAAGACCAAAAAUAGUAGGGGACAUUUGAUAUAGUGUCCCGCCUUCUAUUUUUGGUAGGGGGGACGCGUCCCCCCUGUCCCCCUGGGAUUUUUGCCCAUGACGGUAAUAGGUGGUUUUCGCAUCGCGACACACAACGGAUUAAAAAACACAGUUAAUGCAUUGAAAAUGUCUGUCAAAUAACAAAGAACAGCUGGGAGGUCUUUGUCGAAAAUUUUUGAACCGGAAUAGCAGUUUCGUCCAAAGUUACGGAGCUGCCGAACAAUAUUGCAAAUAUUUCGUUUUUCCAGAGUCCGGGACAAAAUUACUGUCAUGAAUUUUCGACAUGCAGACUUCCAGUUUGGUCAUUGACAAGAAGGGUAGUUGACAAUAUAUAUGUUCUUGGAUCGGUCGUGCGUCCUGGGCCCCGUAACACAAAGGUUUGCGAUUAAUCGUAAAAUGAAAUGGCCUAUCAAAAUCAUCGUUGCAUGCGCAUUUUGCUCAGUAGAUUGACGAGGAACCAAUCACAGUUGCUCUUUCAAAUUAGCAAUUAAUCGCAAACUUUUGUGUUACGGGGUCAUGGAGCAAAGACUCCCAAUAAGGAUGUGAACGAAACGGAUGGUUUAUGAAAAGGGCAAGUGGUGAUGUGUUAAAGGCGUUAUGGCUCAGUGGCUGAUGUCUUUGGACUUCGAACAACAGGGUCAAGGGUUCAAAUCCUUCGGUAUUUAAUCUACAUUUACCCCUCUCCAUGCAAUCUAAAGUAUUAAAUUGGUACCAGUACCAGUAAAGAAGUAAUGCCUUUAAUGCUCGAGCACCUUAUCUAAACCGGGGUAUACAGCGCAAAGCGCUAUAAACAUGAUAAAGAUGCUGCGUAUAUUAUUGAGACUACAUAAUUACUACAUGUAGUGUUUUAAAUCUAAGAAGGUAAGCUAAAGUGUAUCAUUUGAUAUAUAUUCUUGUAUACACAUUGAUUAAUUUUGAUAUGUAUCAUGCCUCUGAUUAUUGAUUACUAUUUUUAGUUUAUAGUCUUCCCGUUAAAUUUGCACGUAUGUAUAUGAUAUAAAUUAUGAAUAUGUAAAAUGGUGAUGAUUUUACUCGUACUAAAACAGACACUUUCGAUUUGUAGAGACUUAAGAUAAUGUGAAUGAGACAAAACAAUGAUGGAUGAUGCCGCAGGUAACCGGCUCGAAUACCGGUUCAGUACUAAAUCCGGUUUUCUGUAUCAUCACAAUUAGCAGGGCCGUGGAACUGGGCACUUUUUUUUUCUAAACUUUUAAGAAAACGACUAUCUGAUUGUGAUUUUUGCAUGGUCAGCCCCUACCCCCUGCCCACUUUCAAGUGUUCGGCCGCCCCUGAUUAGUACGGGGGGGGGGGGCGUUUCAUCAACAUUUUUGUCCGACAAGUUGUCAGAUCUGACAACUUUUCUGGAUUUUGAUUGGCUGAGAAGCACUGUUACUAUGGUAACUCUCGGAUAAAAUGGGAGUUGUCGGAUAAAACGUCUGACAAGUCAUUUCAUGAAACGCUCCCCCGUACGUCAUUAUGUUGACCUUCGAAAUGAAAUUUUAUUGUGUGAAAUCUCAAAAGUUAUAGCCUCAAAUUCUCAUAAGAAUGAAAAGAUAAAUAAAUUUUCAUUUUUAUGCCAAUAGUAACUAUAGUAUGUACCCCACCUGAAGCAAAUAUUCAACUCUAUUGUCAGUCAUUUAAAAAAUGCCGGUGCUAUAAAGCAUGCAUUUUAUGGAACUAAAGCAUAAAGCUAAAGCAUAACUUGGAAUCGACCUGGCGCAGAGAACAUAGAUUGAAAAGCGCCAACAGCUCCAACACCAACCAACAAUGGAACCAAUAACCCACUUAUUUCCAAGAUUGCUCAAUCUUUAGAUGUUAUAGAUCAUUAUGCAAAAGAUCGAUUGGCCUACCCAUAAGAUUGUAUAUAAAAAUUGAAUACUAUAUUAUUUCAUUUGAUUAUGAUUCGUGUUUUCUUGCCUCUAUUUGAUAUUUGCUAUUGUUAUCUAGGCCUGUUAAUGUUAUCAGUCUGUUUUAUAUAAACUUUUUAUAUACUAAGGCCUUUAAAUAUAAUAAAUGUAACCAUGUUUGGUCUUGAUCUUCUUAUUGUGUC